UAGACCACGUGGUAUUUUGCUUUAGCAGGACAUGUUUAGAUGAUUAAUAUAUUAAAUGUGAAGUAGGAAGUAAUGACAUGGUUUUUAUUUUAAGAUUUUAUCUGUUUUUACCAUUACAUAGAUUUGUGUUAGAAGCUAAAACGCGUCUUAUAGCCGAACCUUAUUAAACUUCUGAUUUAACCAAUGAUUACGUAACACGCUGUGUGUAUUAAGAUAGUGUUAACCUCUGUGUUUAAAGGUAUUGGAUUAGUAAACACAAACAAUACUUAUAAACAACAUUUUGUUAAAUCUGGUAUUAACUGGUCGGCUGUCAUUAAAAGAGAUUAAGUAAAUGGGAACUAUGUUACAGAGUGACGAAAUUGUGAUAACACCAUUUGAACAUCAAGUCGGGGGACAUAAAGUUGUUCUACAAAUUUCAAAAAACCUAAUUUGUAAACCUAGAGAGGACUCCGAGGUUGAAUUCUACCGACGACUACCUGAUCAUUUAAAAGAAUGUGUUCCACAUUUCAAAGGUGAAAUUCAGGUGCAAUAUGUCGAAAAUGACUCGGGUUUCCAGCUGCGUACAAAACUGCCAAUAAAUUUGCAACAAGAUUUCAAGAAUGAAUCUGACAUGCGAAUGGACAAUCAUUGUAUUAACGCUAAUUCAAAGUUGUGUUCUUGUGAUGUUAUACCGUUAGACCAUUCAUCAAAUAAUAGUAUGAAGCGAGCGUCAGAGGCAAAUACUAAAAGUACAAAUGAUACAAAUGGUUGCAAAACAUGUCAUACCAGUGAUUGGAGUAACCAGUGCCUUAAAAGAACCAUGCAACAGUACGCAUUGUGGUCAACCAGUUGUUCACAACAGUUUAUUGUGUUGGAGAACUUGCUUGCUGAUUUUAACAAUCCUUGUAUAUUAGAUAUGAAAUUGGGCCGUAAACAGCGAGCGUUUGAUUGUACAGAGGCCAAACGUCAGCUAUUAGAAAGUAGAUGUGCAAAUUCAACAUCUGCAUCAUUAGGAUUUCGAAUCUGUGGAAUGCAGCUUUUCCAGAAACACACUGGCGAAUACAUAUCACAGAAUAAAUACAUAGGAAGAGCCUUAGACGACGAGGGUGCACAGUUAAAUUUAAAACAAUACUUUCACGAUGGUAUUACGGAGAGAAGGAAGGAAAUGCUAAACAUAGUGGAAAAACUUCAACAUAUACAUACAGCAAUGUCCGAACAGACUGUGUUCAGUUUUAUGUCUGUGUCACUCCUCCUUAUCUAUGAUAGUAGUGCAGAUGGUAAGAUAGAUGCUCGACUUAUUGAUUUUGCCAAUGCAGUAAUAACUGAUGAAUCCUCUAUAGAUGAGCGACACAAGGAAUGCAAUGCAGACCUUUUGUUUGGUUUAUCUAGUAUAAUUAGUAUAAUACAAGGUUUCUUAUCAUAGAUCUAUUUUACCUGCAGUGAAUACUACAAGACAAACGUAUGGGUUUCUGACAAUGUUUUCUGUAAAGUUUGCUGAUGAGGCUUGUUUCAGAAUAUAAAGGAUAUACAUGUAUCAAUUUGAUUACCCGACACCCUUCCCCCUUUUUGCCCUCCACAAAACUAACAAUUAAAUUUAAACAAAUUCCACUGAUAAAUGUUUUUAAUGUUCACGUGUUUUAAGUUUUCUAAAUACAUUAAUAAUACUUAUAUUGAUAUAUUACGGCAAUCCUCCCUUUAAUCCAUAAUUUUAUGAGCGAGAUUUGUUUUAUGAUAUUCAACUGUAUGAGUGUGUAUGUGGAAAAAAAUGUGCACGAAAUUACGUGUCUGAUUAUGCACUGGUAGUUGGUAUAUAUUAGCUUUAUGACCAAUGACGUAAGUUUAAAAAAGAAUGAAAUACUCUGCCACUUUGAUAUUUUUAUAUAUUUGUAUUUACGUUUUAUUUUUAUCAACUAAAUGAAAAACUAGUUAUGAUAGAUUUUGCCAUAUGGUGUUCCGAAUUAUUAUCAAUGAAAUACUGUCUCAAGAGUAUAGCUAUGCUAUACAAGAGCUGUCAUGAUUCAAUGGUUAGUUUUAAAAUUGUAAAAAAUAGGUAAAUGUUAUGUACUUAUCAUUUUCAUUAAAAUUAUGUAGUCUUUGUAUUAUUUUUUUGAUUUUACAUUUUUGUUAUUAUACAUGUAUUUAAUUGAUAUCUAGUUACUUAAAAUUUGUAUAGGACUUCUCACUUUAAUGACAUUUGACAAUCUAUUCAAAGAUGGAUCUCAUUUUUUAUUUGUUUUUGUAUUUUCUAAAUUAAUUAGGAUAAAAAUGUAGUGUAGCAAUUAUUGAUCUUUUGUACCUUAAUAGCCAAAACAAAAAUAUAAAUUUAUAAGCAUAAAAUAGAACAAAACUCCUCAAUGUAUAUUUCAACUAUAAUUGCAUAUGAAUGCAAACUUUUCAAGGGAUAACUCUUGUUUUCGACCGAGCAUCAUGAAAACAAUUUGCGAUCAUAGUCCUGACGGUUUACACACUUUGGAGAUGAAAUUGCUUUAAAGUAACUGGACCAUUCUAAGAUUAUCAUUGUUAAGAUAAUUGAUCCAAUAAUGAUUAUUUGGAGAUGUAUCUAACACAUGUAGCUGAAAGAAAUUUUAUAAAUGACACUUCUAUAAAUCGUAACUGGAAAUAAACUCUUCAAUAUAUACCAGAAUUAAAAUUGUGUUUACCGGACGCGCCUGAUCCUUGACCAUAUAAAGUAUAAAAGACCAUAUAAAGAACAGAGUUGAACAGCAUAGAGGACGCAAAUUCUGUUAAGUUGAUCUUUUCCUGGUGUAGGAAGUCAUUAGUAAACUAAAAUUUUCUGUGUUUUGUUGUUUAAGAUUUCAAGUUACUGUUGACUACUGAUUUUAGUCGAGUUAUGUCAAAUUAGACUUGCAAAUUGAUAAAACAAAAAACAUUCUUAACCAAUAUCUUUCGAGGACUAGUUGGAAAUAGUUUUAAAGAAAGGGAAACUUUUAAUUAAUGAGAACAUCUUUAUUUCUUGUUAUUUCUUGUCUUUGACACCAUGUGUAACCUUAAAUUGUAAUAAAUAUCUACGUUAAAGUUCCCUCAAUAAAUUUAGGGAUACAGUAUUUACUUUGUAUUUUAUAACCAGUUUUAUCAUGAUUAUCUUUUUUUUUUUUUUUUUUUUUCUUAUUGUUAUAAAAUUAUAUAUUUGUUAAUUUUUAUUUUUUUUAAUUUUCAGAAUAUUUAUCUUGUAUUAUUGUGAAAGUUAUACAUGCAAAGCUGAUAUUUUAACAUUGUUGUACACUGCAGAUUAAUUGUCAAUUUUAAAAUUUAUGCAUUUGUCAUAUAUUAUUUAAAAUAUCACUAUUCCUUGAGAGUUGUCUCGCUUUUAACAGAAACGCAAGUAAACAUUGAUGCGUGUGUUAUUAGAAUUGCUGUGUUGAACGUCUUCCUUAAGUGUCUGUUAGUGGAAUAAACAACAUUAUUGAUCUUUGAAAUGAAACGGAAUACUAUUGAAUUUGAAAUAUCUCUUUUAAGAAAAGUUAUCCGGAAUCAGUAAUGAAGGAAGAAUAUUUUUAUAGUGUUAAGUAAGAUUUUUUUUCUCGAUCAGUGACGAUACUGAUUUGUUGUUAUUAUCAAAACCAUUAUUGGUCAUUAUUAUAAUUUAAUAUGUGUUUGUAAAAAAAGAAUGCAAUAUAAUAAUGUUAUACGACUUAUAUUUUUCUUAUUCAAAUGCCCAAAUGUUUGUGAUGUUUUUUUAUAUCUUAAUAAUGUUAACGAAAUAUUGUUUUACAUACAUUUAACGCAUUCAGUUCUAUAUGAAAGUAAACUAUGAGAGUUCUGUUAUAAUACCUUGCGUCCUUCUUUUUUGAAGUUCUGUCAUUUUUGUUGAUGAUUCCUUCGAUUUUCCGAAACUCUACACUUUACAGUCACAUAAUCUUAUCUCACAGAAGUUUUCUCAUUAAUCUAGUGGUCCUUUACAAAUUAUGAAGACAUUUUUUGUUGCACCAAUAUAAAGCUUCUGUAAUAAUAAAAAAGGUAAACACAAAAAUAUUGAGUUAAAUUUAAAGACAACAUCUUUUUAUGUUUCUGCAAUAUUUAUUUUUAUUGAUUACUUUAAACAUAUUACAUUUGCAAUGAUAGCAUAGGAGAUUAGACACAAAAUUACAUUUAUAACCUUUCCAAAUGCCAUCAGUAAUUGUUGAUAUUACUUAUCAUACAUUAUUUUAUAUAUUCUCUAAUAUUGUUUCAUCUGAACAUUUGUGGCCUGUAAGUUUAGGUGCACAAUUUUUUUU